AAUAUUUAAUAAGAAGGAGGAAUAUAAUCAGUUUCAACUGUCUUGUCUUUUCUUUUCUUCUGUUCUGGUCUGAUAGUGUCUUCUGAGUGCUCAUACAACAUGCCGUACAGACGAGUCGCUACAACACUACGGAGUAUACUACUUCGUGCCCCAGUUACAUCUCCGUGUUCUAGAUUGCUCAAGCUCCAAUAUAAAUCCCUAAUCUUUGCACGCGCUCGAAUGCAUUGGCUGUUUCCUGCCCUUUCCAGAAACGGAAACCUCCGACUGAUCCAUGGGAGUUGACGAAUCCUUUGCCUCUCCGACUACUCGAGGAGAUGGAGAAGCAUUCAGCAAGGGGAUUGACUGGGGAUCCUCUCUUCUCUCGCAGACAUUGAAAUAAAAGAGUUGCUCCGAGAGAAAUCUCUGACUCGACGACUCACUACGCCAUCAUUGAAUAUCAUGGCCCGGGAUGCCUCGCCGUCGUUCACUUUCCGACAACCCCAGCAGCUCAUUGUCGCACGCGACGUUUUCCAAUAAUAUCCGAAAAAUAGACGAUUUUCAGGAUCGCGAGGACAUUGCGGGUCUCGAUAAACCGGCAUUUAUGGCGGAUUCGCCUGUGGGCGACGAGCCGAAAAGAUCGGAUUUGCGCUGGUCCGGUCGUCAACCGACUCCUUGGAUGAGGAUCAGAGGGAUCUUCGCGCCGUUUUCUUCACGAGGCAAGAGCUUAGAAUCUGACACUGACGAUGCUCUUCCUUUGUUGUCGUCCUCUGACUCCUCUGAGCGGUUGAUUGAACGUCCGCGGAGACGAGUCGGGAAAUUUAGAGUACUCCGCUGGUUUCUGUCCCUCCUCGUGGGUAUUUUCGUCAUGCUAGGAAUCGUCCAAUUCGUGUCAAUCCUCUUUGGCCUCGCCUACUCGUUCUUCCCCGACGAAUUCGACCGCGCCGCCACCAACUGGCUAAACCCAGACCACCACCCCAACACAGACGCACCCGGAUCGUAUUACCCGACAGACAUCUCGCGCGACAUAACCCCCGUCGGCUGCCACUCCCACAAUGACUAUUGGCGCCGCGUCCCCCUCUUCUCAGCCCUACAAGCAGGCUGCAUCGGCGUCGAAGCAGACGUCUGGUUCAUUGACCAAAACGACCACCAAGACCUCUACGUCGGGCACACAACGUCCUCACUCACGCCCGAGCGCACACUGAGGAGCAUGUACGUCGAUCCGCUAGUGAAGAUCCUCGACCGGCAGAAUCCGAUUACGGGUUUCCAUGAGAGUGUCGAUCAGCCGCGGAAUGGGGUUUUUGAUACGGAUCCCGGGCAGACGCUUAUUUUGCUUGUUGAUUUUAAGACGGAUGGGGCGCUUACUUGGCCACGUGUGGUUGAGGGGUUGCAGCCGUUGAGGGAGCGGGGGUAUCUUACUUAUUUUAAUGGGGAGGAGGUUGUUAAUGGACCUGUUACUGUUGUUGGGACGGGAAAUGCGCCGUUUGAUCUCGUGAGCGCGAAUUCGAGCUAUCGCGAUAUAUUCUUCGAUGCGCCACUCGACUUUCUAGCUGAGGAUAGCAUCACCAAGGACAGGAAGAGGCAAGCCGUCCAAGACGGCAAUAACCUUGGCCAAGGCCUCUCUAGUACACCAUCCGAUAUCACGCCCGACGCAUUCAACUACACAAACAGCUUCUACGCUUCCACAUCCUUCAAGGACACAAUCGGGUUCCCGCGACCCUUCCACCUUACCGCGCAGCAGAUGGACUCCAUCCGGGCUCAGAUUCGUGGUGCGCACCGUCGCGGGCUGAAGGUGCGGUAUUGGGGACUGCCUAGCUGGCCUCGAGGCUUGAGGAAUCAUAUCUGGAGGGUUCUAGUUCAUGAGGGUGUGGAUAUCUUGAACGUUGAUGAUCUGCAGAGUGCGACGAAGAAGGAGUGGACGCCUAAAGUGGGUGAUUGGUGGUGAUUGCUGGGUCUAGUUGCUUAGAUUUGGCUGUACAGAUUUACUAGCUUUUUGUAUAUAUAUGGUAAAGAUAUGAUAAUGAUGCAUUGCUCAAUCGAGUCUGAUGCUAUGUUGAAACGACAUGGGGUAUGAUGAGUUCCG